AUUCGAGGUUUUGCCUGGCGGGAAGGGGCAGAGGAAGGGUUUACCAAGUGUUUCCUCCACAGAUAUAUGGCAGGCGAGAAACCAGUUGUAAAUGAGAAUCUCAUAAGUCAUUAUCAAUUGUAAAUUUUAUUGCGUUGCACAAGGGAAAGGGUGUGCAAUCAUCAUGGCCUUUAAGCCUCUUUCACCACCAUGUACUCGUUUGUCAUAAAACUUGCAAUCGGCAAGUUGCUAGUACCGGUGUUUUUGUCCCAGGGACUUUUUCUUACUUUUGUUUCUGCACUUCACCUUGUGGGGCAAUUCAACAUGAAAAUGUUUUGGAUGCAGUUGAAACAGUUGAUGUGGAAAAACUUAUUGAUUAGAUCCAGAUCAAAGCUCAGAGUUGUGACCGAACUUGUCUGGCCUAUUAUUCUGUUUGUUAUAUUAGCCCUUGUUAGGACCAAAGGUUUAAAAGACUACAAAAAUGAAUGUUUUCUUGAGGAAAGGGCUUUACCUUCUGCUGGUUCUUGGCAAUUCCUACAAAGUUUAAUUUGUACUUUUGACAAUAAUUGCCACAAUGUCCCGCCAUCGACUGAUCGUUUUAGCGAAGAAUUUAAUUUCCAAACCGUUAGAAAUCUUGUUCGAGACUUGACAGACGUUUCCAAAAGGAGGAUUACUAAUGAGGAAGUAGUCAAAGGGUCUGGAGUUGCAAUUGACGUCGCCGCUGGUGUAGCUUUUGCUUUCAAGUUACUGAGUGGUGGGUCUAGCCCUAAAGUAAAUUUCCCUCUAAAACACGUCGUCAACCGGGAUGCUUUUCAGCGAUUAGUAAGCUUAAAAAAUGAAACGUCAACGUCGGCACUAUACGAGUUAAUGAUUCGCAUUCCACCACCGGAUGUAUUGAAGAAUUAUACCGAAAAUCCACAGCAAGUGCUUUGUAACACUACCCUUUUGAAAUCAUGGAUCAGUGCACAAGACGAGUCGACUCUGCAAACUUUUAGCCAAGUUCUGUGCCAUUCUUCUGCUGCUGAAAUAUUGAGCGUAGUCAACGGAACCUUAAUAAUCAACCAAAUCCAGCAAAUUGUGGAAGACAAUUUAGAGCAACCUCUACACUUGGAAGACUGGGCCAAUCUUGGGCGUCUACUGAACACCAUACUUUUAGACAUUCGCGAUUUGAAUUCUCUCUCCACGAUAUUCAACGAAUUUAACAACACAACACUAGGAAAGUUAUCUAACCAACUGUGGAAAUCGAGGGACGUUGAGACAGGAAACAUGACAUCAACUAUGGCGUUUUUUAAUUCAACCGCUAAUAUUCUGUGCGGAAAGAAUACUCUUAUUCGAGAAAAAAAAUCGCCAGAUUUUCCCGAUGGACCCCAGUCAAAUCAAUUUAGACAGAGACUUUUCCAAUCCCAAAGUACUAAUAUAACUCGAUCGGGUCUUACGGUACCGUGCACGCAGCUUUUUAUUAACUUGCAGCAAAAUCCGUUGACGCGCCUGAUUUUACAGUUGUUUUAUCCAUUUAUUCGGGGAAAGAUUAUCUACACCCCCAGAACUCCGGCGUUUGACAGCGUCAUUCAACUAGUCAAUGAAACAUUCCAAGAUUUGAGGAUUGUACAGCGUUUCGCAGACAGAUGGCUGACUGAAAUAUCGCCUUCCAUCAAGCGUUUUCUGGAUCAGCUGGAUCCAGAAAUGAUAAAAAACAUUACCGGAGUCAUUACCGAACGUUUUCCUGUCAUAGCUAAUCUGACAUCUUCACUAACAAAUACUUCUGAUCAAAUCAUAAGAAUAAGGAAAACGUUAGUCAAGCUGGAUUUGAUCGCUAAUUUAAUCAUAACUUAUGUAGAAUGCUACGAAUUCGAUAAAUUCGAAGGAUAUGAUACUGAAGAAGAAGCUGUCGAACGUGGCAUGGAUUUGAUAGACAUCGGUGGAUUGUGGGCGGUAAUAGUAUUCAAAAACCAAAACGUGGAUCUCACAACACAAAACCUGCCACACAACAUAACUUACAAAUUACGUAUGGACAGUUCCAAAAUCGAUAGCACAAAGAGGCUACGAGAUUUCUUUGAAACGCCAAUACCGCGGACGAAUCCCACAAGAGACAUGAAAUAUUUCACGUCUGGCUACAUUUUCCUGCAGGAUAAGAUAGAACAGGCUAUUAUCAAGCUGCAGUCAAAUCGGACCCAAUUGCCUGGAAUGUAUAUGCAGCAGUUUCCGAGCCCUUGCUACACUUACGAUACUUUCUUCAUGGCGAUUGCGGGUCUGUUUCCUCUCUUUAUGAUUCUCUCGUUCGUUUAUACCUGCGCCAUGAUUGUGAAGUCAAUUGUGCGCGAAAAAGAGCGGCGUCUUAAAGAAACUAUGAAAACCAUGGGUCUUGGAAACGCUGUUCACUGGAUGGCCUGGUUUAUCGAUAGCAUGUCAUUUAUGCUUAUUUCCUGCGUACUACUCUCGAUGAUCCUAGUGUUUGGUCGGGUGUUAGAGAAUUCGAAUUUUCUCCUGGUGUUCAUUUUCGUUUUGAGUUUUAGUAUUGCCACAGUCUGCUUCAGCUUCCUAGUCUCAACCUUCUUUAGCCGGGCAAACCUUGCUGCUGCCUGCGGUGGAUUCUUCUUCUUCGCUUGUUUCCUUCCUUACAACUUUCUCAACUUGAACGGUCAAGACUACAGCCUCUCGACUUUGGUCUUAUCGAGUCUGCUGUCCGAUGUAUCGUUCGGAAUCGGGUGCUGGUAUUUUGCAAGUCAUGAACAAAGUGGAGAGGGUGCACAAUGGAGCAACAUCGCUGUCAGUCCCAAGGAUGGCGAUGCAUAUUCUUUGAUGGGAUGCAUCUUGAUGAUGCUCUUCGACGCUGUUCUCUAUCUAGUGCUAACGUGGUACAUUGAAACUGUAUUUCCAGGCCAGUAUGGUAUUCCAAAACCGUGGUAUUUCAUUUUUCAGCCGUCUUACUGGUGUUCGGAAAAGCGCCGAAAUAGUACAGUUGGGACCGUUCAAGCACACGCCGAAAGAGAUACCGAACUUGUAGAAGAGGAAUCGAGGGACUUGAUGGUUGGAGUGAGCAUCCGUCAUCUCGGGAAAACAUAUUCUAAUGGAAAAGUCGCUCUUUCCAAUCUUAAUCUGGAUUUUUACGAAGAUCAGAUUACUUCGUUCCUUGGACAUAAUGGAGCAGGGAAAACAACCACCAUUUCAAUUUUGACGGGACUUUUCCCGCCGUCUGUUGGUACUGCAACAAUCAACGGAUUGGAUAUCCGUUACCAAAUGGAUGAUAUCCGCCAUCAACUUGGUGUCUGUCCACAACACAACGUUCUGUUUGAUCAGCUAACAGUGGAGGAACAUUUGCGCUUCUAUGCUAAUUUAAAAACCGGAGAGCAAAUUGAAUCUCGUAAAGAAAUUGACAAGAUGAUCGAUGAUUUAGGGUUGUCACACAAAAGACAUGACAUAUCUGAACAUCUUUCCGGUGGAAUGAAAAGAAAACUUUCAAUUGGAGCUGCUUUCAUAGGAAAUUCAAAAACGGUGAUCCUGGACGAACCUACAGCAGGAGUAGAUCCUUAUUCUCGGCGCUCCAUCUGGGAUAUUCUUUUGAAAUAUAAAGAAGGCCGAACAAUUAUUUUAACAACUCACUUCAUGGAUGAAGCUGAUUUACUGGGAGACCGUAUAGCGAUCAUUUCGCAAGGACAGUUGAAGUGUUGCGGCUCGUCUCUCUUUCUUAAGCAAAAGCUUGGAUCCGGCUACUACCUUACGGUCGUGAAGAAAGAUGGACAAAGCGCCUCAGUAGACAACGCUCAGGCAACUGAAAAUCCAGUUUCUCAAAACUCAACUGAAACUGAUGUGGAAAGGAUUGUGAAUGUGGUGAAACGUCACAUCCAGAAUGGAAGCGUCGUCGAGAAUGUAGGGUCUGACAUAGUGUUUUGCCUUCCCGAGUUUGACGAUGCAGGACUCCGCCAGCGCGAUAAGUUUCCACACCUUUUUGAUGAGCUAGACUUGAACAUGGAACAGCUUCGUGUGGAUAGCUAUGGCGUUUCGGACACAACACUUGAAGAGAUAUUUCUGAAAGUAGCAAAUGACCCCUCAGAAGAAAAUGUUACCACCCCACUGGAAACGGAUCAAGAUGAGGAAGUGCCUCAAAUAGAAGGAAAUGAUACUUCUGAUACCUUUAACCUUCUUUCCUCUGAAAAAUUAACGGGAUCAGUGUUGAUUUGUCAACAGUUCAUCGCUUUGUACGUGAAGAGAUUCUGCAACUCAAAACGAAACUUGAAAGGGUUUUUUUGCGAGAUUGUUUUGCCUGCAUUAUUAAUCAUCAUCAAUCAAUUGACUACCAUGUCCUUGAGUGCCAUAUCGCCUGAGCCGUCUAUUGAACUUUCCCCUUGGCUCUAUGGAAAAUCAAAUGUUGCAUUUUACGCAAAUCAAAAUCCCAACGAAGUUUGGCCAGCUCGUUACAUAAAGAACAUGGUGAACGAAACUGGCAUGGGUGCUCUUUGCAAAAAUGAUAAUUUGACGAGGCUUCAAUGUCACAGUAACAUAACAAAGCUGCUUAAUCCCCUGGUUAACCCAGACGAUUACCAAGAUUUCCAAUGCCCCUGUAGCAUGGGGAUCGCUUCCUGUCCCGUAAAUUUGACUGCCGCAGAAUUACCGAGGUACAAAUCCGUUUCAACCGACGAUUUCAUCGACGUAACAGGGAAAGAUAUAUCGCUUUGGAUAGUUCGAACCUACAAGAAAUUCAAAAAGUUUAGGUUCGGUGGAUUCGAAUUUGGGCUUCAAAAUCCAUUUGGCAAUUUAAAUUUGACCCUGUUUUCACAAGAUAUACAAGACCUAUUGGGCGCUUUGAGGUUUCCAUUAGCGCUUCAGGCAAACGCAUCUGGCGAAAUCCUCAAUUUCGAAAAUCUUGCACAGCUCCGUGGGACUUUUGAUAAAGUUAAAGUUUGGUAUGACAACAAAGCCUGGGCAUCUUCUGUUUCGUAUUUAAAUGCUAUUAACAACGUAAUUUUGCGUUCGUCAUUACCGUCAUCGAAGAAUGCUACGUUCUAUAGUAUAACCGCCAUAAACCAUCCUAUGAAUUACUCAUUUAAACAGCUGGAAGACAGAUUCACGAGACAAGUGGGCAUCAGCGUUUUACACGCAAUAUCAGUCAUAUUCUCCAUGAGUUUCGUUCCAGCAUCGUUUGUCAUCUUUUUGGUGGAAGAGCGUAAAUCAAAAGCAAAACACUUGCAAUUUGUGUCUGGAGUCAAACCUAUAACGUUUUGGGUUGCAGCCUACACUUGGGAUAUGAUCAACUAUUUGAUCCCAAGUAUAUUGGUCAUCUUAAUUUUUGUGGGUUUUGAUCAGCAAGCGUACAUCGGCCCCAAGAAUAUCCAAGGGAUGAUAUUGUUAUUGAUCCUUUACGGCUUCUCCGCUAUCCCUCUCAUGUAUCCGGCUAGUUUGAUCUUUUCCGUUCCGAGCUCCGCCUUUGUGGGAUUGGCGUGUGGUAACUUAUUCAUCGGGGUGAUCACCACAAUUUCUUCUUUUGUUCUUCAGCUUUUCGAUGAUGUGCAAUUGAAACUCAUUGGAAGUAUACUUAAUGAAGUAUAUCUAAUAUUUCCUCAUUAUUGUCUUGGUCGUGGAAUGAUCGAUAUGGCUCAAGUUCACUUUACUACCCAAAGGCUUGAGCUCCUUGGAUUUGAUUACCAGCGAAACAUAUUCGAAUGGGAUUAUCUUGGUCGAUACUUCUUGUCCAUGAUUGUUCAGGCCAUUCUCUUUUUCAGUUUUACUGUGAUGUUGCACUAUCAGGUCCUCCCUGAACGUGUUGUACGUUAUUUCCAGACAAUACAACUUCCUCCGCUACACCUUGAGGACGAGGAUGUCGCUCGUGAACGUGGACGCGUGGAGCGAAACGAUGAUUCAACAGACGAACUACGUUUGAAUCGGCUAACCAAGGUAUAUGGUCGUAGUAAGGAACCAGCUACAAAUAGUUUGUCUUUCGGACUAAAGAAAGGCGAAUGUUUUGGCCUCUUGGGCGUCAACGGUGCUGGAAAAUCGACAACUUUUAAAAUGCUGACGGGUGAUGAAACUGUUACCAGUGGUAAUGCCUUUGUUGGCGGUCAUAGUAUUCUAUCGGACUUGAGAGAAGCGCAACAAAGUUUAGGUUACUGUCCACAAGAAGAUGCUCUACUAUCCCUGCUUACUGGCACCGAGCAUUUGAAACUAUUUGCUAUGCUUCGUGGAGUUCCAAGGAAACAUAUGAACAAGGUUGUUACGGAUAGUUUAAAGAAACUAGGUCUUCUUCCAUACAAGAACCGUUGCGCUGGUACCUACUCCGGAGGUAAUAAACGAAAGCUGUCAACCGCUAUCGCCUUCAUCGGCAAUCCCGCUGUAGUCUUUUUGGAUGAGCCGUCAAGCGGGAUGGACCCUAAAGCACGUCGCUCGCUAUGGUCAGCUAUUAUUGACGCAUUAAAAGAUUCGCGUUCUAUCCUAUUGACUUCACACUCGAUGGAAGAGUGUCAAGUUCUCUGCACCCGCCUGGCCAUUAUGGUUAACGGGACACUACGUUGCCUGGGCUCGGCUCAACAUCUGAAAAAUAGAUUUGGCAACGGUUAUAUGAUCAGUGCACGGUGUGAGGUGGAACAUAUAAGUGACGUCCUGCAACAUGUCCAGUUAGCCAUACCAGAAGCACGAUUGCGCGAACGACGAUCCCGUCAAUUGAUUUGGCACAUACAACCCAACGUACUAUCUAUAUCAUCUUUGUUCAACAAAAUGGAGGCUGCACGAGUAACAACCAAUAUGUUGGACUAUUCCAUCACUCAAACUACUCUGGAUGAUGUAUUCGUUCGAUUUGCGCGUCUUCAAAGGGAAACUAAUGAGGAAUCGGACGAUUUUGAACAAGGGUUUGAAGAUUUACCCAUGCAUUCUCGGAAUGUGGCUGGUCUAGCUAAUCAAGAGCUAUACGCAGUCUCGGUCAGCUCGGAGAUGUGAAGUAUUUCAAAAAUAAGCUUCGCGAUCAAAACUUUCAUUCUCGUUUCACUUCCUAUGUGUUUGUUUAUUCUCUUCUUCUAAUCAAAUUUUAAUGUUUAGGUCGUCUUAUAUUCAUUUGUUUAUCGACGCCCAGUUUUAUUUAAUCUCUUCCUUACUUUAUGUCAAACUUUUUAUAAACCGCUCCGAUAGACCAAUUUCCUCUAAAGCGAAAGAGAAAUAGUAAUAGGAUCUUAUAUCGACGUUAAGUAUGUAAUGUUAUCGCGUUCAUUAAAUUGGAAUCUAUUUCA